CCCCUCUCCCUUUCUAAGGCACUCUCAGCUGCGGGCACACAGCAGCAAUCAUGGCCACCAGGUUCUUCAGCAGCUCGUCGAAGCCCUUUCUCAGCUGGAAGGCGUGCAGGUCUGCCGGCUUGGACGCCCACGAACGGCAAGCCUUCAUGUCGAGUCUGUUGCCGAUGCCCAGCACGAAGAUGCGCCCCUUGGGGCCGCUGUUGGACUUGCGGAAGGCGUGUGCGGCGUUGUAGGUCUGCCAUCGGCUGGUAGAAUCGCGAGUGCAGGCAAGGGAUAGGGAGGGGAGACAUGUGUGUGUGCGCUCGGUAUGUUCACUCGGGACACUAACCUCCAAACACGGCCGUCAGUAAGGAUGAAAAGGAUGGUCUCCGCGUCGGCACGGCCGCGGCGAGCCAUGUUCGUGGCCUACAGGGGUGAAAGGACACACACAAACACACACAUGACGGUAAUGUGGAUUGGUUCGGGGAAGAGAGUACCAUGUUGAUGGCGCGUGAGGUGCGUGUUCCUCCGCCGGUAAAUUUCAUGCCUUUGGCCGCGUCGAGGACGGUCUUCUUGACUGGCGACAGGUCCGCCACGAGCUUCGACGAGUGAUCGAACUUGAUCAGUCCUGCACCCACCAGAAAGAUAUUGGGGUGUGUUGUGUACCCUGCAGGCCUCGUGUUUGUGCUGGUGUCUGCGUGCGCACCGAUUUGCGCCUUGUCUAGCCCGAAGUCUGUUCUCUCGAUGAACUCCACCGUCCAGUUCUUGGCCGCAUUGAAGCCGCGAGCGCGCAUGCUGCCCGAAUUGUCCUGCAGCACACAACACACAACACACAGCACGAGGUCACUCUCUCUCUUUGUGUGUGGGAUGUAUUUAUGUCUGCUGGCCCACGCACAAUGGCAAAUAUGAUGUCUUUCUUGGAUGAGCAGAUGAUGGAGUCAGGGCAUGGCCCCUCGUUGCACGGCUUGGUCUCGAAGCGCUCCUUGUCGUAUGUGCCCCAGCAGAUGCCCGCCCCCCGGCUGUUCUCAAUGACCGGCUUGGUGCGGAUCUGCACACCCCCGUUGCAGGCACGGCAGCACGGGGACCAAUCGGUCCACUCACCCAACACACAAUCUGCAUAUGUACACCGAUGGGAGAAUGUGUGUUGGGGGAGAAGGGGCGCGGUGAGGGAGAGACGGACCUUUGUUGCAUGGUGGCCUUUGGCAAGGUUUGGUGUCCUGGUUUGUGGAAGGGCACUCCUCCCCGCCAUGCUGCGGCUGGAUCAACACAUCGCGGUAGCGAUACUGCAGUGCAUGCAUCCCAAACAGACACACACAUGACCACAUGCCCCCGCCCCUCCACGCCACGUAUGUGUGAUGUGAUGUGGUGUACCUUACCUGCACUCCCUGGUCGCAUGUGACGGGGCAGGUGCUCCACUCGCUCCAGUCACCCAUCUGAUUGAUUUGAUGGAUGGAUGGAUGGAUGGAAAGAGAGACACGGAGACAGACAGGCAGACAGACAGACAGACACCCAUGAAUGCAUUACAAUGCAUUGGGUCUCUGCGCAGCGUAUGUAAUGUGCAUAUAUACUUUGCAGUCGAUGGGGCAUGGGUGUCGGUUGCAGGGCAAGAUGGUCUUCAGCGCUGGGCAGGGCGCGCCUGAGCCAUCAAUACAUCCAUCCAUCCGCAACCAACACACAUGUCGUGCCUCUAUCUUCCCACUUACCGAGUACAGGCUCGUCGACGAUGGUCCUGGUGUGUUCCAUGGUGCCCUCGGUGCCGCACGAGUGGCUGCACUCGCCAGGCACCCACUCGCUCACCUACACACCACACCAGCCCGCGCAACACACCUCCCCUCAAUCAACGGAUGCAAGGCAAGGCGCCUGCCAUUCCGGCAUCCGCUGACCGUGCAGUCCUGGAUGUAGUCAGUGAAGGAAGACAUCUUCAUGAGCUCGAGGCGGAUCUUGCCGAUGCCGCAGAUGGUGGUCUCGCCCUGGUCGAUGGUCGCCUUGGACUCCUCCCUCUUCUGAUGCAGCUGCUGCUCCGUCUCAGCCAACGUGCGCUCCUUCAACUCCUUCUGGGACUCUGCAUGACCAGAUUCACCAUACAUACCACACCACCCAUACACGGGCAUGUGGCAUUUUUGUGUUGCGGGGGAUGGGUGGGCGCGGUGUUGUGUGGUGUGACCUACCGGCUCUUUGUUUGUCAGCGGUCUUUUCUGCGAGUUGAGCCGAGGCCUGCUCCAGCUCCAGCCUUGUCUGCUCGAGGUCACUGUUGUAGUCGGCGAUCACCUGGGUGCACCGGGCUGUGUUGGCCGCUAUCAGAUCCUCCACCUCAGUACUGACAACAGAGUUGCAAUACCCACAUGGACACAGCAGGGAGGGGAUGGGAUCGGUGUGUAUGGUCUGGUCUGGUGUGGUGGGUGUGGUAAUGGUUGCCUGCUACAUACAUGUCGUCUUGGACCUCGCCCACAAGGGUGCUCAUGGAAUCGACAAAGACCUCACACAUGGGGCUGGCACUGAUGGUGCACUUGUCAUCAGGCACCUGCACACGUCACACAGACAGACAGACAGACCGACAGAAUGAAUGUCUCUCACCGACUCAUGCUCUCACUCACCUCCUGGCUGGGCGGGAGGCCGGCCGGUGUGGUGUUGGGGCUGGGAACGUUCCGCCUCCCUCUCUUUCCUCCCAGCUGCGCCCUCAGCUGCUGCAACACCACCGUGUUGCCCAUGUCCAUGUCCAUGUCAUCACCAAACCCGCCGAAGUCUAUGGCACCGAUACCUCCAGCGCGCCUGCCCAUGUACUGGUACAGCGCCUCUAUGUGCAUCCCCUCCGCCUUCUCGACCGCAGCAUCCUCAAGCGAAGCGAACUCCCGCUCGGUGUCGUCCAGGAAAGGAGAGCUGCUCGCGCCAUGUCGUCGGUAUUCGGCCAGCUGCAGGAAGGAACGUGCCCUGGUGAGGAUGCGAGAACGGCGGUCCUGGUGUGCGUGGGCAUGGGUGAGGGAGGCGUGCACGUGCUGCUGCCGGUGAGCGGGGAGCUGCUUGAUGGUCGACCCGGCCGGGCCGCCAAGACGGAUGUACUUCUCGCCUGACUGGAGGAGGCACUCGAGGAAGAUCUGGGACUCGUUGGUGCCGGCCCUGCGGUCCUCUUCGCGCUCGUAUCUGACGCUGGUGAUGUCGGCGACCUGCACGAGCCCCGCUGCCUGCUUGGCGCCGCCACAUGACGACAUGUUAACCACCUUUUGGGCUGUUUCGAGAUCAACCUGACACACAGACAGAAUACACACACAAAGGGGAGGAGACACACACAUCAAUUUGUGUGUAGGGAAGGGCAGUGGGUGUUGGUGGGAAGGUACCUUGAGAGUGGCGAGAAUGGCUUCCUUGGCGGCGUGGUCGGUCUUGCACUGCUGCUCGUAUCCGUUCCUGCCUUCGGUGAGUGUGUUCAUGUCGUUCUCUUUGGUUUGGAUGACGUUGGUGUAGUGGAUGAUUUCACUCAUCAAGGUGCCGAUCUCCUCGUCAAGGUCGGCGAUCUCGAGCUUGAGUGUGUCGAUGGCCAUCCCCAUGGUCUCCUCGGCCUGCGCCAGCUCCAGCACCGUCAGAUCUAUCUCCUUCUGGGUCUCACUGCACAGACACAAAGAAAGAUACGCACUGCCCCGGAGAUCUGUGGUGUCUUGCCGCCGUACACGAGCAUUGUGUUGAGCGUGUUGACGGCUUUCAGAAAACCUGACAUCCACACACACACACACACACACACACACAGGAGUGAACAAUGCACCAGGAUUCCGUCCAUUCUGGCAGAUCUGUCAUCUACCGAUCCACCCACCUGCAUAUUUGCUGUCCUUGGUCCACACGGGCGGCGCAGGGAGCGGAUCUACCUUCCCGCCGAUGACGUGGGUCGCAUUCGCACUCGCCUGCAGCUUUUGCAGCAGCUCCAGCACCUCUGCUGGCAGGCCCAUAGGAUGGUGUUGAGAUACGUGCUCGACGGCCUCCGUAAGGUCCAUCAUCUCCCCCCGGGCCUUGAGCGCCAUCGCAUCGGACAGCCUGACUUUGGUGCUGGUGCGGGACCCAUUCGCUGACGAAAGGGAGGCGACGAGCGCAAAGCCGAAAAAGAGGAAGAGAUCCAUUCUGCCAGGCUGCCUUAGAG